AUGUCACCAAUUUUGCAAAGGCCUACGCGGCAUAUUCGAAAAGUGUCAUCGCAAAGGAGUGAAAGCUACAUUCAGUUGAAUCAAUAUCGAUUGAUGGAAGAAAUCGGACAGGGCUCAUAUGGCAUCGUCAAGCUCGCCUACAAUGAAGAAGACAAAAAUCUCUAUGCUCUGAAAGUUUUGGAUAAGAUCAAACUGAUCAAGAACUUUGCGUGCUUUCGACCACCGCCGGCACGAAAGUCAAAAGCACCGCCUCUGACGCAUAGAAAUCCUUUGCAAUUGGUCUUGGACGAUCCCAACGACAACUACCUGUACAUGGUUUUUGAGUUUGUCGAACGAGGCAGUAUACUGGAUGUGCCUACGGAUAAACCAUUGGAUGAGGAUAGCGCUUGGAAAUACUUUAGGGACACAUUACGGGGACUAGAAUAUUUGCACUAUCAAAAAAUUAUUCAUCGCGAUAUCAAGCCGUCAAAUUUAUUACUAUCGGAUUCCGGGCAUGUAAAAGUGAGUUUAGAAUGCUCAGAUGUGUCGACUUUUAGGAAGGGUUCCAACCAUUUUUACUCCGGUAGAGCUCAAGAUAUCUGGUCGUUAGGAAUAACUCUUUAUGCAUUUGUGAUAGGGAAGGUGCCUUUUUGGGAUGCAUAUGUGAUCGCGUUGCAUCGGAAAAUCAAAAACGAUCCGAUAGUGUUCCCAAACGAGGACUGUGAUAGGUUUUUACAACCUUUUCCCAGGCCGCAUUUGAGUGAUCCGCUGAAAGACUUGAUCCUUGGA